AUGCCAAUCUGUCCUUUCCGUGCGUGGGUGCACAUGAUCAAUACAAUUACUAGCAUUUGUUUAUUCUCGAGCUUGGCACUGAGCGAUCGUCUUGUGCAUUCUGCAUUCUGCAUUCUGCAAAUAAGUGUCAGCCACAGCAUACUCUUUCGUAAACAGAGUCAUUCUCACAAACACCUUGAGGGCGUGAGCAGAACAGGCGUAGUUGCCUCCUUCACGGAGGCCAAGCUCUGGUCGAAUCGAAGACGGCCAGGCUCCUUCUCGGACGUUGCCAUCUUUUGGAUGAGCUCCGUGAACUGCUUGAUCGCCGUGACCCGUGCGCGUCAGCGGUCGCCGCGUUGGAGGUGUCUCCAGCGGGCUCGGGGACAGCGGGUCUUUGCUCCCUCCGGCGGGUGCUUAUCCGGCGUCCUAGCAUCUAUCGCCGCCGGAGCCGCGUUCCCCGACCACGCUAACCUCCCCGCCGCCUCGGCUACAACCGGCGCUCUCCCCGUCGCUGCGGCCCCCCGGCUCACCCGCAGGAUCAUCGCACGCACACUUUGGUUGGGGCUGGCCCUCGCCGCCGUGACUCUCAGGGUCUUUGGGAGCUUGACUGGCUUCAUGUUCCUUCCGCUGCCACCACUAUCGCCAGUCCAUCCGCUUCUGUCGCUUCAGCUAGCAGCUCCUUCCAGCAGUGGCAUCAUCGACUUGGUCAUCUUUGUGGUUCUCGUUUGUCAUCUUUAGUUCGUCGAGGCCUUCUGGGGUCUGUCUCACGAGACGUCUCUUUAGAGUGUUAGGGUUGUCGGCUUGGCAAAUAGAUUCAGUUACCUUACCCUACCAGUGAGUCAGUUUCCCAGCGUCCUUUUGAUUUAGUCCACUCUGAUGUAUGGGGUCCGGCUCCCUUCGCUUCGAAAGGGGGUCAUCGAUACUAUAUUAUUUCCAUAGAUGAUUUCUCUCAUUACACUUGGUUAUAUUUUAUGACUUCUUACAGUGAAGUUCUAUCCAUAUAUAAGAGUUUUGCUA